UUUCCGUACACUCCCGAACCUCGAAAUCCCCCAAAUUCCCAAAACCCUAGCCGCCGGAGAUGCCCACGCCGACGAAGCGGUCCCGGAUUUGCCGCUCCCCGAGCUCCGCAGACGCCGCCGUGAUCCGCCAGCUCCCGCCGAGGGCUCCGGAGCCGUCCGAUCGCCGCUGCGCGGUUUUCGGGAAUCCUGUGGAGCCAUCGCCGGAGAAAUCGCGCAGAGAGCUUCCGUCGCGGAAGAAAGCGCACAGAGAGCAUCCAUUGCCGGAGAAAUCGCACGGAGGACAGCAGCCUCCGCCGGCGAUUCUGACGGUUUCGUCGCCGGAGAUUGUGAGUGUGGAGGCCGCGGCGGCGCAGGUCGAUCAGUUCCUUGAUGAAUGCUACUUUUGCAAGAUGAGGAUGCCUGGGGAUUGUGAUGUGUUCAUGUACGGAGCUUUUGGUGCAUUCUGUUCGGAGCUUUGCCGAUUCAAGCAAAUUUGCAAGGACAGGUUGGCGGAGCAAGCACUUGUGAAAUGCUGCCGAGGGCGGAAAAGCAAUGUGAAUGGCUCUGGUGAGUAGUCUAGCGAGAGAGACCAACUUGGUGGCGGCACGCCUAUCAUAUAUUUGAGAUUGGCCUGCGCUUUUGGUUGUUACAAUUGUAAGUAGUUUGCAUUUAAAUAGCCUGUUUUUGGUUCAGCAGUGGGUUAUAUGUAGUGGUAACUAGCUCCAUUUAUGAUCAGACAUACGAAUUGAAGUAGAUGCCAUGUUUUGUUUCGGCAUUGGAUUGGAGUAGCUGCGUUGUAAUUUAGGUGUCCUGAGAUACACAUUAUAUCAAUGAUGAGAAUCGUAAACAUAUGUGAAACAUAGCCCGCCUUCGUUCAUUUGGUUUGUUAGUUAUGUUCUUUCUUAUCUGCGACUUUAGGUCAUACAACUAGAUGAACUGGUUUUUGGUUCUCCAUGUGAUGUCGUAUGUAAAUAUUGGAAUGUGGAGAAGGUGAUUGGUGCACUUUGAGUGUUUAAUUUGUUAUUCUGUACUUACAUUUUCUGUUUAUAAAGAGAAUGUUAACAUGAAUGACCAAAUUAUCUUGCUUAGAAUCAUUGCAUGACUGCCAUUUUGGCUAGCAUGUAUUCCUCA